AUGUCCCUCUCCAUUCACUCCACCUGCGACCUGCGCAAGCUUUCGACCGCCGACCCCAACCUCCUCCCCUUCCACAUCGCGCACACCGGCCCCGCGCCCGUGUCGACGUACUUUCUGACCCAGCCGGCGAAGGAGGAGGUGGGGGCGCCGGAGGGGGCUAAGGCGACUGCGAGUAGCGCGUCGUCGGCGCCAGGUGAAGCGCCUAUAACGGGAGAGGCACCAGCCACCAUAGCGAUCGCAGACGCGCCAUCCACAUCAAACACAAUGGACACAGCAGUACCUUCAUCUGUCCCCGCUCCGGCCUCGACAACGAAUCCAUCGGCCUCCUCUCAAACCUCCAAGCGCCUCGUCUCCUCCUUCCGCGGCCGCACCGUCCAUGGUUUGCGCGUCGACGUUCCGCCGGGCUACCUCGGCGUCGUCCUCCGCGCAGACGGGAAACCGGCUACCUCCCGCCCACGCGGCACAAGACCACAAAAAGGUCGACGCGGACGGAAUGGUGCUGCCUCCGAGGAAGGCGAGGAGGACGCGAUGAUGCCAGAGGACGACGAAGCGACAGAAGACACCCGCCCAUCCCGAGUUCUCAACCCCGCAUCACAGUUCUCGUCCUUCAUGGUCUGGGGAGCGGACAUACCGGUGGACGAGGGGAGGGAUGACUACAUUCGCGCACUAACAGAGUGGACGGCGUUGGCGGAGGAGAUACAUCGUAUGGAUUAGGCUGUCCGAUCGCUCAUGUGCACUAUUUCGUCCUUGAUUCAAAACAUCUCGGGCGCAUAUACCCAACUC